AUGGAAUCCCUAAAACAUGUUUUUCAAGAACUGCUUAAAAAGAAGGACCAACUUUUUCAAUGCACAAAAUUAUCGGUAUUAUUAAGUGAUCCCUUCACUUUCUUUUUCAUGUGCAUAUUUCUGUUCAUUCUUACAAGUGUAAUGACUUAUCUGUACUGUUUUUGCAAGGGCUAUGAGACGAGAAGAAGUCCACGAGUACACAAAAUGUCCAAAAAGGUUAAGUAA